AUGAUGCAGAUUGUCACUAGUUCUAAAUAUGGUUCUUCAGAUCUUACAGUAAUCACUGUUCCAAAUGCUCCUAUUUGUGUUGCCCCACAUCUAGCACUCCAUCCUGCAGGUCAGGGCGUGUCACUGUACAUUCCCCAGUCUGCCAUCAAUGCCACGGUGGAGGAAGACAUCCUGCUCUCCGUGGAAUACUCCUGCCAUGGCAUCCCCACCAUCGAAUGGAAGUAUACAUCCACCUGGGGGGUGCAGAGGAUCGUGGAGUGGAAGCCAGGGACUCAGGCCAACAUCUCCCAGAGCCACAAGGAUAGAGUCUGCACCUUUGACAAUGGCUCCAUCCAGCUGUUCAGUGUGGGCGUGAGGGAUUCCGGCUACUAUGUCAUCACGGUGACCGAGCGCCUGGGGAGCAGCCAGUUUGGCACCAUCGUGCUGCAUGUGUCAGAGAUCCUCUACGAAGACCUCCACUUUGUCGCUGUCUUCCUUGCUUUUCUCGCUGCUGUGGCCGCAGUGUUAAUUAGCCUCAUGUGGGUUUGCAAUAAAUGUGCAUAUAAAUUCCAGAGGAAGAGAAGACACAAGCUCAAAGAGAGCACAACUGAGGAGAUUGAGCUACAGGAUGUUGAGUGUUAGCCAAAGCUGAGCCCAAUGACAUUCCUACCUCAAGAGGAAAACUAUUUUCCAGUGGAAGGAGCAAACAUACCGAUCCAUGCUAAGAGCCUCCUGUUGUCCUGCCACAGCCGCCCAUUCCUGAUGGGCCUGCCGGCCGUGGACAGAGUGGACUGCAUGGAGUUGAGGACUCUGGAUUGGACCAAGUCAGUUCUUGCACGUGCAUGAAAGUCAAGGAGAAGAGUGCUUUGCGUGGCUGCAGCCCAGAGCUGUGCUAAUCCGCGGGCAAUGGCGUAGGGCAGGCACUGGCUGCUUGCUCACUGUGCUCUGCUCGGCCCAGAAUAUAGCCAUUGGAGGCGUCCCCCUGCUGGAGGCCAGAGUACUCGAGGUCAGGUGUGCAGCCAGCAGGCUGUCUGUGCUCCUGCCUGCUCUGCCCUCCAGUCCAACCCUCUGCUGUGGGGCUGUUGUGAGAAAACGUGAGGCAUUUAGACCAUCUGCUGCCCAAGACAGAGGUCGGACAAGACCAAAGGGUGCUGCUGUGCUUUAGGGAGUUGCUCAGAGAAGGGCGAGCACCCCCAUGGCCUGGAACUUCAGGGAAGAGAGUUUAAUUUGUUCUUGAGGGACCAGCAUUGAGAACAAGGAAACAGAAAAUUAUCUUUCUUUUCCUGUCUUGGUCCAACGUUAAUGAAUUUUCCCUCCUGUGGCCCCAGCUUCAGCCGGUGUGAGGAGCACAGUUUUCACCGUGGGCAGCAUCUGGCCUGCAGGGGCCUCCUUGCCCGGCUGUGUGAAAGCUGGGCCUGCGUAACGGGUGGUACAAUAGGAAGUCAGCAUGAGGAUUCUUCAGUGAUCUGAAAGCAACCAGCACUAUACUGAGUACUGGAAACUGAUGAAAUGCUCUGGAGUGUUGGGCUCCCUGUGAAAUUAGGGGCUGGAUCUCAGCUGGCUUUGGCCUUAUUCUCUCAAGUGUUGGUGAGCAUGUUUACCUGAAAGUUUCUCCACCCCCACUUCCAUUUGGCAAGCUCUAAAUCAUGACUGCAUUUAUUUUCCAUUAUCUUUUCUCUCCAGUAUUCUUAGCUACAGACCAAAGGUGCCAUCUCAAUUAUUGGUGGAGGCUGAAGCUAUUAGCUGAGUCCCCAGUCUUUAGCUGCAAAUUCGCCCAUGCAAAGCAGAGUAAGAAUAUUCCCUUCUGCCUGGCUGGUGCAGCCCAGUUGGUUGAGCAUUGUCCCAUGCACCAAGGGAUCACUAGUUCAAUUUCCAGUUGGGGCAC